AUGGAAAUGUGUGAGCAAAAUCUUCUGAAUUCUGGCUAUGUUGGUUCUCUGAAUUUCCCUAUUCCGGAGUCGUUAUAUUUUUCCAACUUGCGGAGCAAUGGAGCUCAUCUCCCCCAGCUGCAUCAGAUUUCCUACAACAGGCGAGAGGUGUGCUCGCUCCCGUGGACUUCCCCAAAUUCGUGCACAUCUCCGCCUCAGAGCCGCGCCUUUAGUGGCAACUCUCCGCCGUUUCUACACAAUUCAGUGCCUGUAAAUACUCAUCCCAACGACCACAACAAGGGACCAUUUGACGAGUCCAGUAAAUACUACUUUCAGGAUGUUAACCACAAACCAGAAGAACAUGCUAGACACUCGCAGACCUUUUAUGGUGAACAUGGAGAUAUCAGUUCCGAUAGCUCGAAAUAUGCAUUUUCGAACUUGGACAGACGGUCACAUGAUUCCGGUGCACAACACGAACUGAAUUACACCAACCAGGCAAAUGCCUCCGGCAUCAAGCAGUCGGCCAAUUCAAUUGCCCGAAUUCAACCAUCUGCAAGUAAUGCAUGUGCCAGGACUGCUUUUUCUGAUGGCGCACCCUGGUGCUCUUCACAAGCGAAACUGAGAAAGAAGAGAAAACCAUACACAAAGCCACAGCUUGCUGAACUUGAGAACGAAUUCAUGAUGAACGAAUUCGUAAACAGGCAAAAACGGAAGGAACUAUCUGACAGACUGGAGUUGAGUGAUCAACAAGUCAAAAUAUGGUUUCAGAACCGCAGAAUGAAACAGAAGAGACUAGUGAUGCGCGGGCAUGCGUUCUCCAUGAAGUGAGAGCCUUGGGCCCUGAAAGGGACCUCGUGCGGAUUCUUUUCAGACAAGCGCAACCACUUCAAACCUCAAACUCUUAUUUAUUUUCAGAAAGCCACAUAAUUAAACUUGUGUUUUGUAAAGCAUGCGAUUUAGGUUAAUUGGAUACAUCUAAUUAUUUCGUUCAAUGACCACACUUAGUAUUUCUGAGCGUAUAACUCAGUGAUAAGGUACGCUCUUAGAAAAAAAGUGGUUUAUUGUGUUUUUAUAUAGAACUUUUA